AUGAUCCUAAGACAAAUGAUCUUGGUCAGGGCCUUCAUCGAUGCAAUGAAACUCAUUCACUUAUCCAGCUUUCUCACUCGACUUUUUAUUUCCAGGGUUGUCGCCCUGCCCGAGAGCGGCAAUGACACUGUUCUGUCAAAGUCACUCCACGAACGUGAUGCCGCACUAAAGGCAACUCCCGAUGGCAUUUGUCAUACAUAUACUCUUCAAGCAGGAGAAACCUGCGCAGCCCUUGCCACCCGAUAUGGAAUCACCGCUGCAAAUAUUGAAACUUGGAACACUGGGGCUUGGGGUUGGACAGGCUGUAAUACAGUGAAGCAAGGUGACUUUAUCUGUCUCAGCCCUGGUAAUCAUCCGAUGCCGGUGGCUCUUCCGAAUGCUAUAUGUGGUCCUCAGGUGCCUGGAACUGCACGCCCUGCCAGACUUUCUGAUCUUGCCUCUCUCAAUCCGUGUGCUUCUAGUCAAUGUGUGAGUGCCAACAUCUCUCUAUCUCGUACUUCUAUUGACUAUAUCAUAAGUAAAUGCGGUACUACGACUGAGUUUUGUGGUAUAGGCUGUCUCUCCAAUUGCAAACAGGCAGAUUCUCUUGCCAAAAAGAGGACUUCUUCAGAAGCAACGACAAAGCCUACAAGCACUGCUUCAAAGACAUCCACCAAAACGACGAGUACCACUACAAAAACAACAUCAAAGACCACAACCAUCAUCGCAGAAUCGAGCUCAAUCACCAAGAAAAAAGCAGCCAAAACCACGAGCGAAGCACCAAUCCCAAGGUGGCAAAUAACAAUCUACAAGGAUAAGGGCUGUGAGAGCGAAGAGUACCUCUCAGUCCAAGGACACCAUACAAGAGCAAACACAAGAUGCAUAAAUCUCUCAGAUAAUCUCAAAACAGACAUCAAUGACUACGAGACCUCGUGCCGGAAGUGGACCGAUGGCGGUCUUAAUUGGGGUAGCUGUAAGGGCCAAACUAUUUCGAAGCCCAAGUCAUACUUUAUCACUGCUGGGCAAUGCACAAUCUAUGGCGAUCAAAAUUGUGUUACGGAGUCGUACCAAGGGGACGUUAGGAAUCCUGCGGCUGGCUGUCAAUAUCCGCAAGAGUUUGCUUGGUCUCCGGAGGAUUUCGUGUCUAUGAGGUGUUGGGAUCCCACUAUUCCGUCGACUGGGGGCGAUACAGAUGGUUGGUAUCCGGAUGCAGUUACCCACUGA